AUGUUUUCCAAAAUCGCCCACCUUCUUUUUGCUCUCAUGCCAUUCGCUGGUGCCCUUGUGCCCCCAGCACAAGACGGCAUGAGAAUCAUCUGGUCAGAGACUUUCCAAGGAAACGCCGGCUCACCCCCUCGACGCGACACCUGGGAUAUUGCCUUGGCUAUCGAUACGAACAACGAGGUCCAGACUUACACCGAAUCGUCCUGGAACGUCCAAAUAUCAGGCGGCGAAACGAUUCAGCUCAUUCCCCGGAGAUCAGCAAGCGGAGUCUGGACUUCUGCACGCAUUGAGACAAAGGCAGCAUGGACACCUCAGCCGGGAGGAAAGAUGCGGGUUCAGUCAAUGUUCAGGAUGGGUGACAACGCGAACAAGCAAGGCAUGUGGCCCGCCUUUUGGAUGCUGGGCGAUGCUGUUCGAAACGGGGUCCAGUGGCCUCUCUGCGGCGAGCUCGACAUCUUCGAACAGAUCAACGGCCAGCCCACCGCGACGGGUACCGUUCACUGCCAGCAAAAAUCCGGCGGCAUCUGCAACGAGCCUAGCGGCCGUGGUGUAGCCACUUCAAUGCCCGACAACAGUUGGCACACUUGGGCUCUGGAAUGGGACCGCACAUCGAACGACUGGCUCACAGAGACCAUCACAUGGUUCCGCGACGGUGCUGUCUUCAACCAGCUCAAGGGCAGCGAUAUUGGGGAUGAAGGUAUCUGGGCAACUCUUGCUCACAUGCCUUACUAUGUGCUCAUGAACGUGGCAGUUGGUGGCACCUUGCCGGGUUCUCCUACCGAUGCUACUCAGGAUGGCUACGGUAGCAUGAUGGAGGUUGGAUACCUCACCGUAUACCAGUCGCCUUGA